UAACUCUAACUUAACUAAAGGAAUCAUGGAAGCGAGACCGACGCUCUACGCCAAAUAAGAACCCAGGAAACCCUGAGAAAGUACAAUAAAGUGUUGAGGAAUCGAACCUGACAAUAUUAAGUUGUUGAAAGAAAUUCAUCUUAACUACACAAUCAUGGAAAGAAGUGAUUACAGGAACUUGUUUGUUCUGAAGAAAGGAGCAUGCACACCCUCUAGUGAACAGCCUACUAGUGUGUCCACUACCUGUCCAAGACAUUGUGACACAGAAAAAUUAAAGAGGGGACAGUUGUUCUUCCAGAGAAAUAUCUCCAACUGUGUAUUUGCGAUGUUAUGCUCUCUAGUGUGUGGUUUGAGUAUCCCCAAUCUACUUGAUCCGUUGGUGUUCACAAAAGUAUCUGAUACCCCCAAGAAGUCUCUUUAUCGCUAUAUACAGACCCUUGUGCAUGUUAUAAGGUGGCAUUUGAGUGAUCUGUGGAAAGCAGAUUCGCCUGCUAAAAUAUCUAUUGAUCAGGUUAGAAAAAUGCAUAAUGCAGUAGCUGAGGCCAUGGCAAAACAACAAUCAGAUGGGAAGGUGUACUUGUCCCAAUAUGACAUGUCUUUAGUACAGUGUGGAUUUGUUGGAGCUAUUGUUUUACAUCCACACAGUUUUGCCAUUCAACACACUGUUAAUGAUUUAGAUGAUUUUGUUUAUCUCUGGGGAUUCAUUGGAAGUCGUCUUGGAAUAACAGAUCAGAACAAUAUCUGUCUACGGGACUACCACGAAACAUUUGCUAUCUGCAAACAAAUUGAAGACAGUGUUCUAUUACCAGCAUUAAAAAAUCCACCGAAAGAUUUUGAUUUGAUGGCAAAGGCUUUUACAAAUGGUUUGAAUAGAUUACACAAAGUGAGUUUAUACACACCAGAAGCUGUGAUCAACUUUGUACUGGAUAUAAUGGGUCAGAGUAGGAAGCACCAAUCCAUCACAAAUGAGAUAAGGAUUUUGAUUUUCAAGUUCUUGAUUAGAUUAAAAUUGUACUUACCAGGAUUUCAAUUUUUAAUUAAUAAACUUGUUAUGCUCUUUUAUACUUCGGUGACCAGAAAUGAAAAGAAACAGCGGUAAAGAAUUGCACAAAAAUAUACAAGAUGUCAACAUUUUGAAAUUUGCUCCCUGACUUUUCAUUUGUUGAUUUAAGUGUUUACUGAACCAUAGUAUAAUUUGAUCCAAGUCCUGAAAAUUAUGACCAUAACAUUCCUAGGAUACUUGCCAAUCAUAUAACAUUGUGAAGUAUUUAAUUGGAAUCAAAUUGAUUCCUCAUGAAGAUUCCUCUUGUGUUUGUUUGCAAUUAAUUACAAUGUUUGAAAGAACAACAUAAUUGUUAAAAACAUGACCUAUAUAAUACAUAUUUUGGUCAAUGCAGAGACAUCAUAUAUAUGUCUCUGGUCAAUGUAAGGAUCCUUAUGCCACACUGUACAGUUAUGAAUGAAUAAAGGUGUAUUUUACAAUGAAAGCUGUAACAAUGAUUUAUAUGAUUUGAAUGAAAUCAGCAGAAUUAAUAAACAGAAAUGAAUUGCAGCA